AUGGCGGACUUGAAAGCUGAGUCAAAAGACGACAAUGCGUUGAAGCGAACAUCGACUGCACACGAUGGGGAGACAGCGCCUACUACGGGCGGCGGACCCGGCCUGCAUAGAGGGCUAGCAGGCCCUCACUUGAUGAUGCUCGCUAUUGGCGGUGUUAUUGGGUCUGGGUACUUUGUGGGAAUGGGCACGGGUCUGACGAGCGCCGGACCGGCGGGACUCCUUCUCUGCUUCACGGUUGUCGGCGUGCUGCUCUGGGCUGUUAUGCAGUCUCUAGGCGAACUCGGUGCUUUCAUACCGCUGUCAGGUUCUUUCACGCAUUACACCUCCACCUUCGUUGACCCUGCCGUUGGUUUCGCGCUCGGCUGGAAUUACUGGCUUCUUUGGGCUGGAAUUAUCAUUGCGGAAUACAACAACUUGGGCCUCGUCUUGACUUACUGGGAGACAGCUGUUCCGAGAUGGGGGUGGAUCUUGAUCUUCUGGUGGUUCUUCCUCGCCUUCACACUCCUCGGCAUCAAAUCCUUCGGCGAAGCAGAAUUCUGGCUAGCCCUCGUCAAAAUCCUCGCCAUCUUCGCCUUCUUUCUCUGCGCAAUCCUCAUAACAUCCGGCGUCCUCGGCGGCGAGAAGAUUGGGUUCAAAUUCUACCAUGACCCCGGCGCGUUCGCCGACGGCGCUAAAGGUGUCUUCAAAGUCUUCGUCUUUGCAGCGCUGCAGUACAGCGGUAUCGAAAUGAUCGGACUUACUGCUGGAGAGUCGGCCAACCCAGCGCGCGACGUGCCCAAGGCCGUCAAAUCCGUCCUCUGGCGCAUCUGCGGCAUCUUCCUGCUGGGCAUCUUCUUUCUUACCAUCACCGUGCCAUACAACGACCCGAAUCUGCUGUCUGCGACGAGCAAAACGGCCCGGUAG